UAGCGGUGGAGGCAGACAUUGUGAAACCACUGGAUGCCUUGUUUACCUAAACGCCGACUGUCCUUCGGAGAUGAAAAUGUCCGGCGAUGGUGGCGAGGUCUUCGGCUGUAGGACUCCGUGUGAAGUGUUUGGGAACCGAACUUUAUGGCAGAGCUUUCAUCAACCUACGACCACGCGUAUGAAACUUGGCUCAAUCUGACAACUAAGCAAAACUGGACAUUAACACCUUGGCUUAGUUCUUACAUACCGGCCUCUGGUGCUUUCACAUUGAGCUUGGAAAGGACUCAGGAUUCAGGGCAGUUGGUUAUUCGCAGGCGAGGUGUGAUUUAUUGAAGCCGUGGUCCUUGGGAAAAUCAAGGGUUCCCAUCUUUACCUGUACUUAGUGCCUCUUCCAAUCGAUUUGUUGACAAACUUAAUCUAAUAUUUGCUGAAAAUGGCAUGUACUUCACUUUCGGAACAAUCGAUACAAGUUUAUCAAUGUUAGCCUUAUCUCCAGAGGGUCAUAUUGUUGAUUUUGCAAAUACCGGAGUGGUUAUUAGUGGUUACCAGGGUUUUUGUUAUGGGUACGAAAUGGACAAUGGCUGCGCGAGUGCAGCAUUGCCUGUUUGCCGAAGCAGUAAGAAUACAUUUGAGAGAAAGAGUGGGACUUUUGUAGGAGAAAAUGGUAACUCUGAUUCCAAUUCAAGCAUUAGCCUUUGUGACUGUAUGGAAAAAUGUUGGAAUGAUUGCUACUGCAAUGGUUUUACAGUUAAUAGCAAUGGCACUGGUUGUAUAAGUUGGACACAAAAUAAGCAGUUUCAUGAAGAUAAGCCUUUGUAUAAGUUGGACACAAAAUAA